CUUGAUAUAAACUUUCAAUUUCUAUAGACCCCAUGAUUCUUUUAUUUCUUGCAAACAGCAAAGAGAGAGAAGCAUAUCAAAGAGUGUAAAAAAAAGAAAAUAGACAGUAUAACAAAACUCCUUUCCUAUCCUGUGAAUAUUCGUUUGAAACAGGCUCAACAAGCGUUUCAUAUUUUUUUUUCUAUUAAACAAUGCUGUGUAGGGGUUUGCAGUCGAAUAUAUAUAAAAGGCUACAAACACUCAACUUUGUUCAAAACAUUGAUCAUUAAUUUUUUAUCUCCAACUAUGGAUUCUAAUACUGCCCAACCACACAUUGUCCAAGACUUCUUACCAGUAAACGUCUUUUUGGCUGACUGGCAUGUUCGCGUAACAUGGAUUGCUUUCACCACUCUCUGGGUUCUCUGGGGCUUCGCUUGGUUUAUUCGUAAUGCCUUUGGUGGUGAUGGCUCACACGUCAUUCAACCUGCUGGUCGCACUACUACUAAUGCUAAUACUGCUACUACUGCUAACGCUGUGGACCCUACUGCUCCACCCUCCACUGAUCCAGAGGCUGGUGCUGCAACCAAUACGACUGCAGCUCAGAACCAAAAGAAAUUCCUUGCUGCUCCUGCUUGGUCCGUGGGCGUGUUUAACCGUCUGAACCGUGCUCACGAUAUGCUUCGUGACCUUGUUCUUAUGCUCUUAUCUGUUCUUACCAUCAACACCUUUGCUCAUGGCUCUACCAGAGCAGUAAUGAUCCUUGCCUGGAUCUUCUUUGCAUUUGCUGUUGUCUAUUUCUUUGUUGAAGCCUCUUAUGAGCAUCGCUACCUUCGAUUGCUCUAUUCUUUGACAUUCUAUGGUAUUUCUCUGGCAAUCAUCGGUUGUGCUUGGCACCAAGGUUUCUACUCUUAUUAUUAAUUUAAUUAAUGCAG